AUGCCGCUCCAUAUGGUGGAUGGGCCUUUUAAUCAUAUCAAGUCAAGCCUCCUGGGAUCCACGUCGGAUUCAAACCUCAACAAAUACAGCACCAUUAACAAGAUUCCACAGCUCACUCUGAAUUUUUCAGAUGUCAAAGCUGAAAAAAAGAAUGCAUCCCCUCCUUCUUCAGAUAAAACCAUUAUUGCGCCCAAAGUUAAAGAGCGAACACACAAUGUGACAGAGAAAGUCACCCAGGUUCUCUCUUUAGGAGCAGAUGUUCUACCAGAAUAUAAACUGCAGACACCACGCAUCAACAAGUUUACAAUAUUGCACUACAGCCCUUUCAAGGCCGUCUGGGAUUGGCUUAUCCUUCUGUUGGUCAUAUACACUGCUAUAUUCACUCCCUAUUCUGCAGCCUUUCUCCUCAAUGACAGAGAAGAACAGAAAAGACGAGAAUGUGGCUAUUCCUGCAGCCCUUUGAAUGUGGUAGACUUGAUUGUGGAUAUUAUGUUUAUCAUAGAUAUUCUAAUCAACUUCAGAACAACAUAUGUAAAUCAGAAUGAAGAAGUGGUAAGUGAUCCAGCCAAAAUAGCAAUACACUACUUCAAAGGCUGGUUCCUGAUUGACAUGGUUGCAGCAAUUCCUUUUGACUUGCUGAUUUUUGGAUCGGGUUCUGAUGAGACAACAACAUUAAUUGGUCUUUUGAAGACAGCUCGACUCCUGCGUCUUGUGAGAGUGGCCCGAAAACUCGAUCGAUACUCAGAAUAUGGGGCUGCAGUUCUAAUGCUCUUAAUGUGCAUAUUCGCCCUGAUUGCUCACUGGCUGGCUUGCAUUUGGUAUGCCAUUGGGAAUGUAGAAAGGCCCUACCUGACUGACAAAAUCGGCUGGUUGGAUUCCUUAGGACAACAAAUUGGGAAGCGUUACAAUGACAGUGACUCAAGCUCUGGACCGUCCAUUAAAGAUAAAUACGUCACAGCUCUUUAUUUUACCUUCAGCAGUUUAACGAGUGUGGGAUUUGGGAAUGUGUCUCCUAACACCAAUUCGGAGAAAAUCUUUUCGAUUUGUGUUAUGUUGAUUGGCUCAUUAAUGUAUGCAAGCAUUUUUGGGAAUGUAUCUGCAAUUAUCCAAAGACUAUACUCGGGAACUGCCAGGUACCACAUGCAGAUGCUGCGAGUAAAAGAGUUCAUUCGCUUUCACCAAAUCCCCAACCCUCUGAGGCAACGGCUUGAAGAAUAUUUCCAGCACGCAUGGACUUACACCAACGGCAUUGACAUGAACAUGGUCCUAAAGGGUUUCCCAGAAUGUUUACAAGCUGACAUUUGUCUACAUCUCAACCAGACUUUGCUGCAAAACUGCAAAGCCUUUCGGGGGGCAAGUAAAGGUUGCCUUAGAGCUUUGGCAAUGAAGUUCAAGACCACCCAUGCACCUCCAGGAGACACUCUGGUUCACUGUGGGGAUGUCCUCACUGCGCUUUAUUUCUUAUCCAGAGGCUCCAUUGAAAUCCUCAAAGAUGACAUUGUGGUAGCUAUUCUGGGAAAAAAUGAUAUAUUUGGAGAAAUGGUCCAUCUUUAUGCCAAACCUGGAAAGUCUAACGCAGAUGUAAGAGCACUCACAUACUGUGACUUGCAUAAGAUUCAGAGAGAAGAUUUGCUAGAGGUUUUGGACAUGUAUCCUGAGUUUUCCGAUCACUUUCUCACAAAUCUAGAGUUGACUUUCAACCUGAGGCAUGAGAGUGCGAAGGCUGAUCUCUUACUACGAUCACAGUCCGUGAAUGAUUCUGAAGCAGACCACUGUAAACUGCGAAGGAGAUUGUCAUUUGAUAGUGAAGAAGACAAAGAUUUUGGCAAAGGAAGCACUACAAAUGACCCUGAAGACUCUGUAGAUACAAUAAGACAUUACCAGAGUUCCAAAAAGCACUUUGAAGAGAAAAAAAGCAGAUCUUCAUCUUUCAUCUCCUCCAUUGAUGAUGAACAAAAGCCUCUCUUCUCAGGACUUGCUGAUUCUCCUCCAGGAAUAGGGAAAGCAACUGGACUUGAUCUUGAAGAAACAGUGCCCACCUCAGGAAGAAUUCACAUAGAUAAAAGAAGUCACUCUUGCAAAGAUAUCACUGACACAAGAAGCUGGGAAAGAGAAAAUGCUGGAACUCAGGCUGAUGAGUCUAGUCCCUCAGCACUUCAGCGAGCUGCCUGGGGAGUCUCUGAAACUGAAAGCGACCUCACCUAUGGAGAAGUGGAGCAAAGAUUAGAUUUGCUUCAGGAACAGCUUAACAGACUUGAAUCCCAAAUGACUGCAGACAUCCAGACCAUCUUACAGCUGCUGCAGAAACAAACCACUGUGGUGCCACCAGCCUAUAGUAUGGUCACUGCAGGAGGAGAGUAUCAGAGACCCACCAUCCGCCUGAUGAGGACCAGGCAUCCGGUUGCAUCCAUCAAGACGGAUCGAACUUUCAGUCCUUCCUCACAGUGUCCUGAAUUUCUAGACCUUGAAAAGUCUAAACUUAAAUCCAAAGAAUCCCUCUCAAGUGGAGUGCAUCUGAACACCGCUUCGGAAGACAACUUGACUUCACUUUUAAAACAAGACAGUGAUGUCUCUUUAGAGCUUCACCCCCCAAGGCAAAGGAAAACUUGCCUUCAUCCAAUUAGGCAUCCCUCUUUGACAGAUUCAUCCCUAAGCACUGUAGGAGUCUUGGGUCUUCAUAGGCAUGUUUCUGAUCCUGGUCUUCCGGGGAAAUAAUCAUUUUGUACUGUUUAUUCCACAUACAAUGUAAGUGCUUUUAAUGGCUGUUUUCCUUUUUGUAUUUAAAUCCUCUCUACUUGACUCAGGGGCUCACAAGGUACCAUUAUAUGCAAAAGUACUGUAUAUUUUCCUAAAUUGACGCUUGUAAGGUAAAAUUGAGCAGUUAGGAUGUAAAUAUAUGUUUGAACUCUUCUGUUCCAAAUGUUAAAACUGCCAGCAUCUCAAGGCACCUUACUUUUAUUUUUAUUUUUUGAAUCAUGUGCAUGUUAGGAAACUCCAAUUUCUCUUGCAUGGAGACUCCUAUUUAUUGCUUUUACUAAACCAGUACUUUGCUAUGAAAAUGCCUUCCAAGCAGGAAAGCAGAGGAUAAAAUUGUUCAUGGAUGCAACUCAGAUGAUCCUCAACUCAUGGAAGUUCAAGGGGGCGAAAGGGAACCUGGUCACUUUUGAGAACAGAUAUCCUUCUGGAUUGAGAUGUUUAUAGAUAAUUACAUUCAUUCUAGCACACUGAAAAAAAAUACAGUUUUAGAGUUAUAAAUUUCUGACAGUAUAGGAAACCAUUUCCAAAUACAUGAAUAUAAGCCAGCUUUAAUGAGGACAAAAAGGCCUUUCUAUUUAAAAUUCUUUCUCCAACUGUAUUCACAAACUCCCUAAAAUAUUUUCCAUUGGCACAUUUCCUUAAGUGCUUAGAAACAAGUUUCUCUAAUUUUUAUUUUCUUUUUUAUUGGUGGGUGGUGUUGGAAGGGAGUCAUCUUAAGAACUGCUGAAGUGCUACAGACACAAACUAAUAUCCACAGCUUUCUUCUGACUCACAUUUUAGGGCAAUACUGAAUUUGAUCAGUAAGACUUUUGAUCAAAUUAGCACACAUUGUUUUCUUUCCAAAAACUGCAAUUUUAGUGGAUUUAUGUGGCAAAAGUAGCUUCCAUUAAGGGUAUGUUGUUCUGUGACUUUCUAAUUCCAGCUAUAGAAAAACAGUAUGCAUUUACCUAUCUAUAAAGAAAAUGGACAAACCAGCAGAAAAAAAUGUUCAAUUUUAUUUGGUUGUUCAGACACAUCUACUAAUCAAAGAGUAACUGAAAAUCUAUUAUAUGUGAAUUGGGCUGAAUAUAUAUUGAUUCAAAAUAUCAGAAUAUAUGAUGGAAUAUAUUUUAAUAUAUUCAACUGUUAGAUUAUUUUGGGAGAGUGGUGACAUACGUCUCUCGUAAAAUCAGCAUACAGAUAAGUCGCAAGUUAAUUUAAGAUUCUGAUUAGCCAAAUUCUAGUUAAGACAUUUUAUUUUUCAAUUGAUUUGAAUGCAACUUUAAAUUUAUUAUGGACUGGUUCAUUGUACACUUUUCUUCUGAACAAAAUUUCAAAACUUUUGAAAGUUUCUUCAUCUUUUACUGUUUUACACAUAUAUAUUUUUAAAGAAAUACUGUAUCUGUGUAUAUUAUUAAAUGGAUUUAUUUAUGUCCCUC